GGCCCGGACUGCGGGCUGGAGGGUCGCGCCCGCUCCGCGGGUUUGAAAUUCCUGCCCCGUCGGGCCGAACAAAGACCGGGGUAGCGUCCGGACCCCUCCCCUGCACCUCCCACGCCGCGGGCGCUCACCCGCGGAGCGGGCCCCGUUCCCACCCCCUGUCUGUGUCCCCCUCCUUUGCCCGUGGCCGGCCGAGCGACCAUCAUGUGGAUCCAGGUCCGCACCAUCGACGGCACGGAGACCCAGACCAUCGACGACCUGAGCCGCCUCACCAAGAUCGAGUGCCUGCGGGAGAAGAUCGAGGAGACCUUCCGCGUGAGCCCCGACCGCCAGCGGCUCUUCUACCGGGGCAAGCAGCUAGAAGAUGGACACACUUUAUUUGACUACAAUGUCGGGCUAAAUGACAUAGUUCAGCUUUUGAUACGUUCUGAUUCUGAAGCUCCUACCACUGCAUCUGUGACAGAUCAGGAUGGAGGAGUCAACCCCUGUACUGUUUCCAACUGCAAGAACAAAGUCAAAAAAACAAAUAGUGGAUCACCCAGUCAGCCAUCUACAUCAUCUCGUUCGUUUCUCAUUGAUCCUGGCAUUGGAUUGUACAAGAUAAAUGAAUUGGUGGAUGCCCGUGAUAUCAGCAUUGGAGCCUGGUUUGAAGCUCAUAUAGAAAAUGUUACUCGAGCAACAAAGGGACAUAAGAAUGGUAAAGGGAAGAGUGGUAACACUUACAAAAGGACUAAUGGAAACUUAAAUCAAGAUCAUUCUAGAGAAAAUGCAAAUAAUUUGGACAGUGCACCUUCCACAUCUUAUUCAGACUGUAUGGACACUGAUGAAGAAGCUAUUUAUCAUAUCAAGUACGAUGAGUACCCAGAAAAUGGCAUAAUAGAAAUGGACACAGUUAAUCUUCGACCCCGAGCAAGAACCAUUCUGAAGUGGAGUGAGCUAAAAGUGGGUGAUGUGGUGAUGGUUAACUACAAUGUUGAGACACCAGAAGAAAGAGGAUUUUGGUUUGAUGCAGAAAUUACCUCUUUGAGAGAAAUCUCAAGGACUAACAAAGAGGUUCAUGCUAAAAUUCUGCUGGGAGGUCCAGAAGACACAAUAAAUGAUUGUAAAAUCCUUUUUAUAGAGGAAAUGUACAAGAUUGAAAAACCAGGAGCCUAUCCUUUGACAUUUGGGGAUGGAGAUUUCAAAAGAAAAAGUGGCCCUGAAUGCAAGCACUGUAGGGCUGAUCCAGAUAAGGAGUGCCGGUUUUGUUCGUGUUACUUGUGUGGUGGCAAACAGGAUGCUCACAUGCAACUCCUGUGUGAUGAAUGUAACAUGGCUUAUCAUAUAUAUUGCCUGAACCCUCCUUUAAGCAAGAUACCAGAAGAUGAAGACUGGUAUUGUCCUUCCUGCAAAAAUGAUUCUAAUGAAGUUGUAAAGGCUGGAGAAAAGCUCAAACAGAGUAAAAAGAAAGCAAAGAUGCCAUCUGCCAGUACUGAAAGCCAGAGAGACUGGGGAAAGGGCAUGGCCUGUGUUGGUCGCACUAAGGAAUGCACUAUUGUUCCUUCAAAUCAUUAUGGGCCUAUACCUGGUGUUCCUGUUGGGACAACCUGGAAGUUCAGAGUUCAGGUGAGCGAAGCAGGUGUUCACAGGCCCCAUGUUGGUGGAAUCCAUGGACGCAGUAAUGAUGGAGCUUAUUCACUCGUACUAGCUGGGGGAUUUGAAGAUGAAGUGAGCGUUAAACCAAAGGAUAAUCUUCUUGCACAGGAUCGUGGAGAUGAGUUCACUUACACUGGGAGUGGAGGUAGAGAUCUUUCUGGCAAUAAAAGAAUUGGAGAACACUCAUUUGAUCAGACAUUAACACACAUGAAUAGGGCAUUGGCCCUUAACUGUGAUGCCCCACUGGAUGACAAAAAUGGAGCAGAGUCGAAGAAUUGGAGAGCUGGUAAACCAGUUAGAGUAGUGCGCAGUUCAAAGGGACGGCGGAUCAGCAAAUAUGCCCCAGAGGAAGGCAACAGAUAUGAUGGCAUUUACAAGGUGGUGAAAUAUUGGCCAGAAAUUGGAAAAUGUGGAUUUUUAGUUUGGCGCUAUCUUCUGAGGAGAGAUGAUGUCGAGCCUGCACCUUGGACUUCCGAAGGAAUGGAGCGCUCAAAGAAGCUGGGUCUAAGUGUACAGUAUCCAGAAGGUUAUUUGGAAGCCAUGGCUAGUAAGGAAAAGAAAGAUAAAGUUAAAAAGCAAACUGUGAAACAGGAACCAACCAGCCAAAGUAAUGGAAACCAGAAAAGGACAAUUGAGGAUGCAGGUACAGAGGAACCUACAAGUACACCCAAAGCCAUGAGGAUGGGGGAUGAAGGGAAAGGAGAAGCUUUCCAGCUGACCCAAGAGCAGCAGUGGCUGAUUAGAGAAGACUGCAUGAACCAGAAGCUGUGGGAUGAAGUCCUUGCUUCUCUUAAGGAAGGACCGAAUUUUCUGAAGAAACUGGAACAGUCCUUUAUGUGUGUCUGCUGCCAGGAGCUGGUUUACCAGCCAGUGACAACAGAGUGCCUCCACAACGUCUGUAAAAGUUGUUUACAGCGCUCCUUCAGAGCAGAAGUGUUCACCUGCCCUGCCUGCCGCUACGACCUGGGGAAGGGCUACACCAUGGCUCCCAACAAGGUCCUGCAGACACUACUGGACCAGUUCUUUCCGGGUUACAGCAAAGGACGAUGAUGUGCUCAGACCCUUCCGCACUUCUCCCAGUGACUUUAUAGACAGUAAAGGGGAAUAAACAUGGGGGAUUCAGCAGUGGACCAGCCAGCUUGAUGGGACUCAACAUAUUGUCACAUUUUGAAGCAGCUAACCCUCUUCCCCUCAUAGCCACUUCUUGGUGUUGUGAGAACUCUAUUUCUCAGCUGUCUUUUAACAUCAAGGGUAGUUUUGGCCAGUUAACUAAUCGU